GCUGGUGGUGCCCGGCGAUUGGCUGCCGACGACGCAACCGCCGGCUCGAGCCAGGCGGGUCGAUCCGGAUCCAGGGAGGCGCCGCCCGGCUCGAGCCGGCUCGUUCGAGAUCCCGUUUUGCGGCGCCUCCCAGCCAGGCAAACGCAGCAUUCCGACCCAACAGAGGCGGCCUCACCCCAUCCGAUCCGCAUCAACAGCCCACCCAUCCACAUCCACAUCCCAUCCAGCCGCAGCCUCCUCCGUCCCGACGAUCGUGUCUGCACACACAUGUCUCGGCUGUCCAGCGUCCUGCCCGCCCCCAAAAACGCCGGCUUCCACUCCACUUCCCGUUCGAGAUGGGAAGACUCGGAGGAUGAAGACGAAGCGGCCCAGCUGACAUCGACAUCCCACAAGAGCCAGACGCAGUCUCUUCCUGCGGGCCCGCCGCCAUAUGGAAAGCGCAAAGGCUUCAUUCCCCGAGUGCCGUCGGACUUUGGCGAUGGCGGCGCCUUCCCGGAAAUCCACGUUGCCCAAUACCCGCUCGAUCUCGGCAAGAAGAGCCAGUCCUCGGCGCUGAGCAACUCCUCUGCCAUUCCGCUGCAGACUGAUUCGGAGGGAAACAUUCGCUAUGACGUUGUUCUGAGGGGACAGGACAGCGACGCCUCCGGCAAGAAAGUGAUCCACUCGCAGCUGAGUGCCUUGAAGGAAAAGGAUAUUCUGGAACACGACGACUCGCUCGCCCGGCCCGACGAGGAGACUGUCAAAGCCACAACCGAGAAGACCAAGCAGGCACUCGAGAAGCUUGUCGAAGGCCGUAUCAAGUCUGCGCAGCCCACCCAAGUCGCAUCAGCAAAAACCAACGAGCCCGAAUAUCUGCGAUACACGCCCUCCGGCUCCAGCUCCGGCCCAGCACAGACCAGGAUCAUUCGCAUGGUCGAGGCCCCGGUCGACCCGAUGGAGCCGCCAAAGUUCAAGCACAAAAAGGUCCCGCGGAAAGCGCCCUCGCCGCCCCCGCCGGUGAUGCACUCGCCUCCCCGAAAAGUCAGCGCCGAAGAGCAGAAGAACUGGGUCAUCCCGCCGUGCAUUUCGAACUGGAAGAACGCAAAGGGCUACACCAUCCCUCUGGACAAGCGUUUGGCGGCGGACGGCCGUGGCCUCCAGACGAUCACAGUAAACGAUGGCUUUGCCAAGCUGACCGAAGCUCUGCUGAUUGCCGACCGACACGCCCGCGAGGAAGUUCGAAUCCGUGCUGAAAUGCAGACCAAACUCGCCCAGAAGGCCAAGGCCGAGAAGGAGCAGCAGCUUCGGGAUAUUGCACGCAAAGCCCGCGAUGGCCGCGUUGGCCUCUCUGCCUCGGUCGGCGAGACCCAGCACGACCAAGGAGAAGGAGAGAGCGCUGAGGAUGACGAUGACGAGGAUGAAGAGGACGACGAGCGCCUUCGUGAGCGCGAUGCUCUACGACGGGAGCUGAGACAGCAGCACAAACGAGAACUGACACUGAGUCACAUGGGCCGCGAGACCAAGGCCAAGGUCAUGAGCAAGAUGGCCGAUCGAGACAUUUCCGAGAAGGUGGCUCUGGGUCUUGCCCAGCCAACCAUGUCCAAGGAAUCCAUGUACGAUCAGCGUCUCUUCAACCAGUCUGCUGGAUUGUCCUCUGGAUUCGGAGGCGAGGACGCCUACAACAUCUACGACAAACCACUGUUCUCUGGCACGUCGGCGCAAUCGAUCUACCGGCCCACCAAGGUCGCAGACGACGAAGUCCUGCCCGGCGUGUCGACCGCAGGAAUCGAGAAGCUGCUGAGCAGCAGCGAGCCUGCCCGUGGCUUCAAGGGUGCGGAGGGAUCGGGCGGUAGUGGUGUGAGCGGGCCUGUCCAGUUUGAAAAGGACGUUGCCGAUCCGUUUGGUCUCGACGAGUUCAUGGCCCAUGCCAAGCGCGGCCGAAAGGACGACCAUCGCGCCAGCGCUCCCGAGGAGAAGCGGAGCCGACGGGACUGACAUGGGAACUAGGACCAUCCGGUUUACUUGGCUGAAACACGAGACAUGCAGCUCUGUGCCGCUGCAUUCAUGUCCCUCAACACUGGCUUUGUCAGCCGAAACCGAUC